UUGGUCAGAUUUACAGGGCCUCUGGAAGUCGAGUCGCCGUUUCUGGAAAUCGGGAGGAAAAUCACGCAAUGGAUCUGAGAGCAGCAGGAAUAACCCGCUGAAAGAAUUAUCACUUUUUGGUGGAUUGUGAGCGACAGCAGUGAAAAAUAAAUCGACUGGACACUCUGGAUUUACUUUCUAACGCUGACGGAACGGAAUUGAGCUGCAUCACUGAAAAGGCAGGUGAUCAUGUCCAGCUACAGGGAAAUGGGAAACAGUUUGGUUUCAGCAUCUCUUGAGGCGCUGAUCCAACACGUGGCUUAUUACCCUGAUAGGUCAGACUUCUUCAACUUCCUGUUGAGUUCACGCCUCUUCUUGCGGCCCUACGACCUCAUGACACGAGUUUGUCGCCUGUGCUUGGAACAGCGGCGCUCUGGAGAUGAUCUGCCAGAUCAGAUACGUUUCUAUGAAAUGGCGCAGAAGCUGGUGCAGCUGAUGACCGAGUGGACUGAGACCUUUCCAUAUGACUUCAGCGAUGAGCGGAUCAUGGGUUGUCUCGGAGAAAUAACGCACCAUGUGAUCAGUCAGGACGAGUACUCAUUGCGAGACAUACAGCAGGUGACCCACCGCCUUAAGAAACGUCUGUCAGUACUCGUCCAAUAUGAAGAGGAAUUCCCUGCGCUGAACUCCGUGCUGGCCGAGCAUCCCGCUUCCCUGAAAAGCAAAAAUGAAUCGGGGCAAAGAAGCGGAAUACUGAGCGUGUGCGAUGACCCCGUCAUCCUCGCCCAGCAGCUCACACACAUUGAACUGGACAGGAUGAGUUUGAUCGGGCCUGAGGAGUUCAUCCAGUCAUUCAUUGUGAAGACCCCUAAGGUUAAGCGUCAGAGCAGCAACCUUGAGGCGUACGUGAAGUGGUUCAACAGACUGAGCUCCCUUGUGGCCACUGAGAUCUGUAUGCCGACAAAGAAGAAACACCGAGCACGGGUGGUCAAGUUCUUCAUCGGCGUGGCUCAGCAGUGUUUGGACAUCGGAAACUUCAACUCCUUCAUGGCCAUCAUUGCUGGGAUGAACACGAGUUCUGUUUCCAGGCUGAAAAAGGCCUGGAAUAAAGACAACACUCGCACGUUUAAAAUCCUAGAGCACCUGAUGGACCCGUCCUAUAACUUCAAGAACUAUGGCACUGCGCUCUGCGACGCCACUGAGAGGUCCAACACUGAAGACAACAUCCAGGAGAAGAUUGUCAUUCCUUUCUUCUGUCUUCUCAUGAAAGACGUCUUCUUCCUGGAUGAAAGCUGUGCCAACAGGCUUCCAAAUGGACACAUCAACCUUGAGAAACUGGAGGAUAUUACAAAGCCGAUCAGCAAGUUUCUGCUCUGGCGUCAGACCAUCUGCCCAUUCGACAGAGAAGACAAAAUCCUCCAGUACCUCAUCACCACGCCAGUCUUCACUGAAGAAGAGCCUCAGCUGACCUGUGAUAAGAGCAAAGGCAACAUGGAGACGGACAGCCAUCGAUCUUUUUGGGGGUUCCUCACGCAAGGCUUUAAAAAAAACACAAAACAAUAAAACAAUCCAAU